AUGACACUGCAUCGGGCCGAUCCGAAUGAACGCGCGCGUUGGCUUCUGCGAAACCGAAGUGUUGUUCUCUCCACACCUCGAGGCGGCUGGCUUGCUGUUGUUUCUCGAGAAAUUAAACGUUUUGUGCGCAAGGCUGCAUGUGUUUGUGACUUCAGCCAAAACAGUUGGGAUCGGCCAGACGUUCAAUCAUCACAUCACAUCGCCGUCGAGCUCGGGGGCUGUUUGCGUGUCACAUCGGUCAGUCCCACGCCAACGACGACAGAACGGAACACGAUCCGAAACCACGCACAUACUGGUUCACUGCUGGUGUUCCCAACAAGCUUCUCAGCGGCAUCAAGGCUCGAUACGUCGUCGUUACAAAUCGCUGAUUCCGAUCGGAGACGGCUGACCCGAUACUCAGCCCAAACAGGCUGCUGCAUCGCCUACGAAUCGCAGCAUCUUCCCGAAUCGAACUGUGCCCGUCUCUCGCCGCAAGAGGCACUCGCAACGAACAUAGAUAGCUCACCAGAACUCUAG